AUGGCACCUAUCGUUCUCAUUCUCGGAUCUGGUCCUCGCAUCGGCGCGUCCGUUGCAACUACCUUUGCUUCAAACGGUUACACUGUUGUUCUCGCAUCCCGCAAAGGCACCAACAGCACCACUCCAGAAGGGUUCCUUUCUCUGUCUGCUGACUUCAACGACCCAUCCUCCAUUCCAGCCAUCUUCGACGCCGUCACUACCAAGUUCAGCUCUGCCCCUAGUGUUGUCAUCUACAACGCUGCCGCUCUCACUCCACCAUCCGACAAGGACUCCGUAUUUUCCAUCUCCGCCACUAAGGUCGCUGCUGAUCUCAACGUCAAUACCGUCAGCCCCUUCGUGGCAGCCGAGCAGGCCGUCAAGGGCUUCCAAACGCUCGGGGAAGACGUCAAAAAGACCUUUAUCUACACCGGAAACAUGUUGAAUGUUGCUGUCCUCCCCGUCCCCAUGAUGCUCAAUCUUGGAAUGGGCAAGGCGGCCUCAGCCUACUGGAUUGGUGUCGCGGACAUGACUUUUGCGAGCAAGGGCUAUCGGUUCUUCUAUGCUGAUGAGCGUAGCGAAGAUGGCAAACUCAAGGGCAUGGCUCUUGAUGGCCCAGCUCACGGCGAGUUCUAUGCCAAGUUGGCAGAGCAUCCAGCUGGUAUUCCAUGGGAUGCUACUUUUGUCAAGGGCAAAGGCCACGUCCAAUUCAAGUAG